AUGGCGUCGCCAGUUUCGGACCCGGAGAAGAGGCGCGAAAGCGUUGACAAGAAGGAAGAGCUCGCGUCUCCGACCUUUUCAGAGUCGACCAAGGCCGGGAGUGUCGUAGAUGUCGAGAAGGUCGGCGCGGAUGCGACAGUGCAUUAUUCGUUUCCGCGGAGAGUCGGCCGAUCGUUCAAGGGCUUCUUCGUUCCUCUGGACCCACCACCACCACGCGCGAACUUGGACGACGCGCCUCUCAUCCCAGAAGCCAGCGCCAGCUUUCUCAGCCUUCUUACCUUCCAAUGGAUAUCUCAACUCCUUGCCCUCGGCUACACGCGUCCGCUCGAAGCUACAGACCUAUGGAAACUUCAAGAUGAACGCUCGUGCGCUUACAUUGCGGACAAGAUUAACGCCUCGUUUGACGCGCGGAAGAUCAAGGCGGACGAAUACAACGCGCGGCUAUCGAGCGGGGAUAUAAAGCCGUCGUUGAGGCAGCGCGUGUGGUGGAGUGUGAAGGGUGGAAGGGAGGCGAGGGAGAAGGAGUGGAGGGAGAAGAGCGGGAGGAAGGAGGCAAGUUUGGUUUGGGCUAUGAACGACGCCAUUAAGAGCUGGUACUGGACGGCCGGUAUACUUGGUUGCUUUGGAGAGACGGCGCAGGUUCUGACGCCGCUAUUGCUGAAGAAACUGGUCGCCUUCGCGGACAAGUCCUAUGCAGCCUACCUUGCUGGCGAGCCUGUCGAACCCAUCGGUCAGGGUAUAGGCUACGCUUUCGGUAUUCUCGGUCUCCAGCUCUUCGCGUCUAUGGCCAUCAACCACUACUUCUACCGGAGCGCAUCGACGGGCGUGCUUCUACGCGGUGGACUGAUUAACGCCAUCUACAACCGCUCGUUGCGCCUCACCACUCGUGCACGCGGUAGACUGCCGAAUGGCAAACUCGUCAAUCAUAUUUCCACGGACGUCUCUCGUAUCGACUUCGCUUGCGGCUUCUUCCACUUCAGCUGGAUCGGUCUCGUCGUCCUAGCAGUCGGCAUUGUUCUCCUCAUCAUCAACCUCGGACCCUCCGCUCUAGCCGGUAUCGCGUUCUUCUUGCUCAUCGCGCCCACUCAGGGACGCAUCAUGAAAGCAUUCAUUGCGAUGCGCAUCAAGACGAUGGUGUGGACGGAUAAGCGAGCCAAGCUGCUGCAGGAACUGCUCGGAGGCAUGAAGAUCAUCAAGUUCUUUGCGUGGGAGGAUCCGUUUUUGAAGAGGAUUGCAGAGUACAGGAAGAAAGAGAUGAGCUACAUUCGCUACCUACUGAUGAUUCGCUCUGGCAAUACUGCCAUCGCCUCAUCUGCGCCGACCUUGGCCGCUGUCAUCACCUUCCUGGUAUACGCUGCUUCGGGCCACAGGCUCACGGCCGCGGACGUAUUCUCCUCGCUCUCGCUCUUCACGCUGCUGCGGAUGCCGCUGAUGGUCAUGCCCAUGUCCAUGAGCGCGUCCGCCGACGCUUACAACGCCAUCACCCGCCUCCAAGACGUCUUCACCGCCGAACUCAAAACCGAAAACCUAAUCAUCGACCCCACACUCCCUAACGCCGUCGAAGCCUCCCACGCAUCCUUCACCUGGGACACCCCUCCACCCGAAGUCAAAACCGGCAAGAAGGCAAAAGCCGAAGCGAAGAAGGCCGCGAAGGAGCUGAAGGGCAAAGAGUCUGGUCCGAACGCGGACGACUCGGAUGUCGCUGCACAGGACAAGCCGUUCGAGAUUACGGGUAUCGACCUCAAGAUUCCGAAGGGCUCGCUUGUGGCGAUCGUGGGGCCAGUGGGGGCGGGAAAGACGUCGUUGCUUCAGGGGCUUAUUGGGGAGAUGAGGGCUACGGCUGGGACGGUCAAGUUUGGUGGUGAUUUGGCGUACUGCUCGCAGAGCGCUUGGAUCCAGAACGCGACUAUUCGUGAGAAUAUUUGCUUUGGGCGGCCGUUUGAGGAAGAGCGGUAUUGGAAGGCUGUGCACGAUGCAUGUCUCGACGCCGAUCUGGACGUACUCCCCGCGGGUGACAUGACAGAAGUCGGCGAAAAGGGCAUCUCUCUCUCCGGUGGUCAGAAACAGCGCGUCAACAUCUGCCGUGCGAUCUAUGCCGACACCGCCGUAACGAUCUUCGACGACCCUCUCUCCGCCUUAGACGCCCACGUCGGCGAAUCAGUCUUCAACAACGUCCUCGCCGGCGACCGCGGCGACAAGACGCGUAUCCUCGUCACCCACGCACUCCACUUCCUUCACCAAGUCGACAGAAUCUACUGCAUCCUUGACGGCCGCAUCGUCGAACAAGGCACCUAUGACGAGCUAAUCUCAGCAAAGGGCGCCUUCGCGGCUCACAUCAACGAGUUCGUGUCGCAGCAGAACGAGGAAGAGCAAGAGGAGAAGGAGGAGGACGCCGUUGAGGAGGCGCCCGUACAUGAUCCGGAAGUCGAGGCGGAGAAGAGGAAGAAGAGGCAGGCGGCUGUGAAGGGGAAGGCGCUGAUGCAGCAGGAGGAAAGGAGUACGGGCGCGGUGGCGUGGGAGAUCUAUAAGGCUUACUUCAAAGCGGGGAAUGGGGUCGUUACGGUGCCGAUAUUGUUGGUGGCGCUUGUGCUUACGCAGGUCGCGACGGUGUUGUCGUCGUAUUGGUUGGUAUGGUGGGAGUCUGGAACCUUCAACGAGCCACAAGGUUUCUACAUGGGCAUAUACGCUGCGCUUGGCGUCGGACUCGCCCUCUGUGCCUUCGCUAACGGUGUUGCCUUCGCCGUCCUGGUCUACUCCGCCUCUCGCAACCUUCACCUUGAUGCCAUCACGCGCGUCAUGCAUGCGCCCAUGUCCUUCUUCGACACAACACCCCUAGGACGUAUUAUGAACCGGUUCUCCAAGGAUAUCGAUACCAUGGACAACACAUUGUCAGACUCGGCUCGCAUGUUCCUGAGCACCGUCUCGAACAUCCUCGGCGCUAUUAUCCUGAUCGCUAUCGUCGUACCCUGGUUCCUCAUCGCCAUCGGUGGUAUUCUCGUACUCUACGCGUUGACUGCCGUCUUCUACCGGAAGAGUGCGCGCGAGAUCAAGCGCCUAGACGCGAUCCUUCGCUCGUCGCUCUACGCCCACUUCUCCGAGAGUCUCUCCGGUCUCUCCACCAUCCGCGCAUAUGGCGAAGAGCAGCGCUUUUCGACGCAGAACAAGGAAUUGCUUGACACCGAGAACAGAGCUUACUACCUCACCGUCGUCAACCAACGUUGGCUUGCUCUCCGUCUCGACCUGAUGGGUACGGCAUUGACGUUCUGCGUCUCCAUGCUCACCCUCGGCACUCGCACAUCUAUCUCUCCGGCUGAGACCGGCGUCGCGAUCUCGUACAUCCUCUCGGUCCAACAAGCCUUCUCGUGGACAGUCCGUCAGCUCGCCGAAGUCGAGAACGAUAUGAACUCCGUGGAACGCAUCGUCUACUACGCACGCGAGGUCGAGCAGGAGGCGCCGCAUAAGCUCCCGAAGGCUAAGCCCGUGGCACCGUGGCCGAGCGCUGGGCAUAUUGAGAUGAAGGAUGUGGUGCUCAGGUACAGGCCCGAGCUGCCGCCUGUGCUGAAGGGCUUGAGCAUGUCCGUCCAGGGCGGUGAGAAGAUCGGUAUUGUUGGGCGGACAGGCGCUGGGAAGAGUUCGAUCAUGACCACUCUCUUCCGCAUCGUCGAGCUCUCAGAGGGCAAGAUUGAGAUUGACGGCGUCGACAUCUCGAAGAUCGGCCUUGAAGACCUGCGCCAAGCGCUGUCCAUCAUUCCACAGGAGGCUCAGCUCUUCUCCGGCACUCUUCGUAGCAACCUGGACCCAUUCGGCUUACACGACGACGCGCGCCUAUGGGAUGCUCUGAGGAGAUCAUAUCUCGUAGACGAUAUACCGCUGAAGGGCUCCGAUGGCAAGGAGGAGAUCCCCGCUGGUGCUUCGACGCCGAACUCUGCGCCGAGAUUCACGCUCGAUAGUCCAAUCGAGGAUGAGGGUGGCAACGUAUCUGUCGGACAACGCUCGCUUGUGUCGCUUGCGCGUGCGCUCGUGAAAGACUCGCGUAUUCUCAUCCUUGAUGAGGCAACUGCGUCCGUCGACUAUGAGACCGACCGCAAGAUCCAGGAGACGAUCGCGACCGAGUUCAAAGACCGCACGAUUCUCACUAUUGCCCACCGUCUACGCACUAUCAUCUCCUACGACCGGAUUUGCGUCAUGGACCAGGGCACUAUCGCCGAGUUCGACACGCCCUCUGCACUCUUCUUGAAGGAAGACGGUAUCUUCCGAGGAAUGUGCGAGCGCUCGAGUAUUACGCUCGACGAUAUCCGCCUUGCAGCAAAAGAGCGCCAGUAUCACGACGAAAGAUGA